AUGGGUCUUGUCUUUGAAAUCCAGGCAGGGGAGGUAUGGGGGGUUGUUCGAAACAACAUUGGUGGUUGGGUAAGGGGCUUUGCGAAGGCCUUUUCUUGGACCACCAACAACCACAUGGAAAUUCUGGCCCUUAGAAAAGGUCUUCAAAUGGUUGAGGACCAUAAUCUGAUCCCCGUUGAUAUAAACAUUGAUUCCAUGGAAAUGAUAUCUCUGCUAUCUUCUGGUAAUCCUCUAUAUAAUGCUAUUAUUGAUAAUUGCAGGUUAAAACUAAACAGGCUAAGAAAUUUGGGGGUGUUCCAUUGUUAUAAGGAGCAAAAUGGAGUGGCAGAUGCAUUGACUAAAUGGGGUGCUUCUGAGGAUAUCCAAUUAGAGACCACCUUUUUUGUAGUUCCACCGAUGUGUGCCCAUCAGGCUGUAUGA